CUUGCACCGCCGCCAUAUUGUGUGACAGUAUUUUGAUUCGUAUCUGUUGGCAGCAAGAAAGGAAAAGAGAAAAUAAGGGGGGAGACGAGGGGGAAAAGAAGAAGAGCUGUCAAAAGAAUUCCCGAGUCUCCGAAACAGCGGAGGGCUGCGGCGUACUAUAUCCCCCCAAGUUCGCCGUUUCCAAAGUGAGUAGGCCAGGGUGCUAUAGCCUAGAUUCCCUCCUUGAAGUUCCUCCUCCUCGGUUUUCCGUCAGCAGCACCCCGGCCCAGUGGAGUUUCUGUGGCUGUGUGUCGGUCGGGUGUUGAAGGUGGCCCGGGGUACGGCGGCGGAUACGAAGAUGCGCAAUGCGCGGUAGAGCGAUGAGUGUCUGCCACAUCUGAGGCCGCAGAGUGACCGACCGCAGAGCCCCAGUCCUGCCCCGGCACUACACGAAUGGCCCAGGGAAACCAUCAGAUUGACAUCCAGGUUUUGCACGACCUGCGCCAGAAGUUUCCCGAGGUCCCAGAGGGAGUCGUGUCCCAGUGCGUUCGCCAGAACAACAACAACUUGGAUGCCUGCUGCAAGUACCUGUCUACGGUGAGUCCAGAAUACCUGUACAACGACGGGAAGCUCAGCCUCUCUCUCUCCUCCUCCUCCUCCAUUGGCUCUCCUUCCGCGUGCAACGAGGCGAGCUUGGCGCCGCUGCGCAAUCACAUGACUCAACUCACGCUGGGCCGGCAGUGUCAGCAUGUGCCCAGCAACAGUGCCGGCGUCCCGAGGAUGAACGGCAGCCGAACGCUCUCCCACAGCCUGAGCGAGGGGCCCCUGCCUGGCUCCCCGCAGACCCACGCCACCUUCUACGCCCAGGCGCCGCCUCCGCCCCACCACCACGAGCCCCAGUCCGCCCCGCCCUACCUGCCCCCCUCCAGCCUCAACGUCAGCGGUGGGAUGGAGCCCUCCGCCACGGCCACCUCCACGCGCAAGCCGCAGCCCCCCCAGCACCUGGGCCUCUACCAGCACCUGGGCGGGGGCAGCAAAGGCCACCCCUCCUCCAUGGGCGGCCCCCAGACCCCGCGCUUCAACCCCAUCACGGUGACGCUGGCGCCCAACAUCCAGACGGGCCGCAACACGCCCACGUCUUUGCACAUCCACGGCGGCCCGCAGCCCGGCCUCAGCAGCCCGUCUGGGGGCAACUCCAUCUACAUCAGGCCUUACGUGACCCAGCCCGGGAUGGGGCUGGGAGGCGGCGGACGGCAGGCCGGGACGCAGCAGCAGGCCGGUGGUGGAGGAGGGCUGGGAGGCCGGGCUCAGUACAGCCCCACUUCACAGCCCGCGCAGCAAAUCUACCAGAUCAGUAGCCACCCCUCCAGUCUUGGCGGAGGCGUAUGGGGCACGGGCGGCGGCGGCGGUGGCGGUGGCAGCAGUGGUAGCGGGGCGCAACAUAACCUUACCUCACAGCACCAGUCGCAGCAGCAGGGCCACCAGACCUCGCACGUCUACAUGCCCAUCAGCUCCCCCACCAACCCUCAGGCGCCCUCCUUCCUGCAGGCCAUCCAGCAGGCCUCUGCCUCCUCCAACGCCUCGCCUGCGUCUUCCUCUUCCUCCUCUGCCGUCGCUCCCUCCUCCUCCUCCACCCCCUCCGCUUCAGCUGUGGGAGCCUCCUCUUCCUCUUCUUGCUCUUCAGCUUCCUCAGGCCUGCCCCCAGCACCGUCCGCUGGGGCCUCCUCCUCAUCCUCCUUCAGCCAGUACAACAUCCAGAACAUCUCCACGGGGCCCCGCAAGAACCAGAUCGAGAUCAAGCUGGAGUCGCCACAGAGGAGCAACUCCACGGCCGUGCUGCGCACGUCGUCAGCCUCCUCCUCGUCCUCCUCCUCCUGCCCCUCCUCCUCUUGCCCAUCCUCCUCCUCCUCCUCCUCCUCUUCCACUGCUCUGGGGCUGGGCGGCACCACUCCGCUCUCCAUGGCUGCGUCCGGCCUGAGCCGCAGCCAGCCCACCGUCUUCAUCUCGGCCAGCCCUCCUUCAGCCACCAUGAUGGGAGUGGGAGGGGGAUGUGGGGGCGACGAGGCCGCACUGCCCCCCAGCUCCUCCUCACGCUCGCAGAAGUUCUACAUCUCGGCCAACGCCUCGACGGACGACGGCUCAGGCACGCGCCAGCCGCCCACGUUCUACAUCUCGCGGGGCGAGCACGGCGCCGGCGUCAGCAUGCCGGCCUACAUCCACCACCACCCGCCCAAGUCCCGCGCCUCGGUGGGCGUGGGCGUGGUGGGCCACGGGGGGUCCGUGCCGGGCACCGCCACCUCCCCGCGCGUGGUGGUCACCCAGCCCAACACCAAGUACACCUUCAAGAUCACCGUGUCGCCCAACAAGCCGCCGGCCGUCUCGCCAGGCGUGGUGUCGCCCACCUUCGAGCCCAACAACCUGCUGAGCCUCCCGGCCGAUCACCACUAUGUGGAGCAAGAGCUGCCCCAGCACCCCCCCGAGACCCUGGGGGCACACCACCACCACCACGCCAGCGAACCCAGGCGCCUCAGCAUGGGCUCGGACGACGCUGCCUACACGCAAGCUCUGCUAGUCCAUCAGAAGGCCCGCAUGGAGCGGCUCUGGCACGAGCUGGAGCUCAAGAAGAAGAAGCUGGAGAAGCUGAAAGACGAGGUCAACAAGAUGGAGAACGACCUCACCAGGAGGAGGCUGCAGAGGUCCAACUCCGUCUCCCAGAUCCCCUCGAUUGAGGAAAUGCAGCAGCUGCGCUGCAAGAACAGGAUAUUGCAGAUUGACAUUGAUUGCCUCACCAAAGAGAUCGAUCUCCUUCAAACACGAGGACCACACUUCAACCCUGGUGUAAUUCAGAACUUCUACGACAGCCUUGAAUGCUUAGGUCCUGUCCCUCCGAAACCCUCCAAAGGUACUUCAUCUGUUGCACCAGAAUACCCUGGCUCCUUGGAUAGGAAAGAACGUAAAAUAAACCUCAGCUCCAAGUUAAAGAUGGACCCCUCCUCUGCCCUUCCUCCACCCGUCCCCCGGGAAAAGAAGGCGGUGGCCGAGCAGGAGGAGGACGAGGGCAGCCAGUGGAGCUGCACGGCCUGCACCUUCCUCAACCACCCCGCCCUCAACCGCUGUGAACAGUGCGAGUUCCCCAGACACUUCUGAGCCACACCAGGGAGGGGACUACCAGAAAAAAAAGGAUGCCACACCAACGCUAUGCCUGCACCACACUCUCUCUUUCUAUCCAAAGAAAUACACACACAUGAAAAGCGCACGAAACACACACACACACACACACACACACACACACACACACACACACACACACACACACACACACACACACACACACACACACACACACACACACACACACACACACACACACACACACACACUUGGCUGGAGUGGGGGAGAGAGAGAGGGUGAAUGUCCCUUCUUUCCCACUCUGUGGUCGCAUUAAGAAAAUAUGGACAGGGUUACCCUCUUUUUUUGUUAUUGUUCGUUGGUCUUUUUUUCUCCUAUUUUUGGGUUUCCUGCAAGGUUUGUUGAAUGCUGAAUCAUUGAAGGCUUGACUGGAUAUAGUUUACAGAUUGUGUCUCUUAAAACGAACCAAGAAGUAAUAAAAAAAAAACUUCUAAGAAAAAUCACACAGAAAUGACAGACGGAGACAAAACCCAAAUGGAAGCCAGCAGAGCCGGCGGUACCUCUCUUGGAGCUGGAGUCUGUGUGUGUUUGUGUAUGUGUGUGUUCCCUUGCAACAGAGACACCACAUAUACGUACAAACACACACACACAACCAUUGCCCCACCCUUGCUUUUUACAGGGGCAUUCUUCUCUCAAAGGGGGAGCCUCCCUCCAUUCAGUAUUAUCAAGAGUACUAUGCCUUCUUGGAGUGAAGGCACAUACACAUACACAUACACACACACACACACACACACACACACACACACACACACAC